AUGGAGGAGACGAUGACUAUCGAGGCCUAUCAAACCACGGUGGGAUGUUGGGUCAUGAGUAGGGCUGCCACUCGGUCGGUUCGAAUCAGUUAUAGGUAUUACCAACUUGGACUUGAUAGAGGGUUUUGUAAUGAUUUAUGGAAACUUGCCUUCCCUGAAGCUUUUAUUCAACAUUUACCACGCAUGAAGUCUGAUCAUUGCCCUCUUUUUCUACAGUCUAAUUCUUCUGUCAUUACCACUGGUGCGAAUAGGCCGUUUCGUUUCCAGGCGAUGUGGAUGGGACACAUUAGUUAUAAUCAGUUUGUUCAUGAUCAGUGGAAAAGCUAUAAUGGUACCCUGCAAAAUAAAGUUGUUCAACUUGCUUGUGAUCUCAACGAGUGGAACUCCACUGUGUUUGGUAAUCUUUUUAAGAAGAAAAGAAGACUGCUGGCUCGUAUUGCUGGGAUUCAGAAAUGUACGGAUAGGAAUUCUAAUUCUUUUCUUAUUAAUCUAGAGCAACAACUUAUCCAGGAGUAUGAAGCUGUGCGGGACCAGAAUACUUUAUAUUGGCAACAAAAGUCCAGAGUGAAAUGGCUACAGAACGGGGAUAAAAACACCAAAUUUUUUCAUAUGUCAACCAUGGUUCGAAGAAGGAAAAACAAAAUUGAGGCUCUUCUUGACAAUGAUGGAGUUUUAUGUAGUGAAAUAAAUGGUAUGAAAGCUAUUGCAGUUGAGUAUUUUGCGAAUUUAUUUUCUUAUGAUUCUACUGAUGAUGUGAGAUUCAUUAUUUCUUAUCUAUUUCCUACUCUGGAUAGUUGUGAUUUGAGAAAGAUGAGUAGAUGCAUUUCCAGGGAUGAGGUUAAAAAUGCUGUGUUCAAUAUUGGGGGCUUGAAAUCUCCUCGAGCUGAUGGAUUUCCUGCUCUUUUCUAUCAUCGCCAUUGGGAUAUCCUUGCUAAGGAAAUUUUUCAGUUGGUUAAUUCUGCUAUGCAUUCUGGAAAAAUUCCUGAUGGGCUCAACCACACUCUAAUUACUCUUGUUCCCAAAGUGGCUAGUCCUCAAAGUUUGGCUCUCUUCAAACCCAUUAGCCUUUGUAAUACUCUCUAUAAAGCUAUCUCCAAGGUGUUGGUUGCUCGUAUCAGACCUCUUCUUAAGAAUCUUAUUAGUCCUAACCAUGUAAGUUUUGUACCUGGUAGGCAUAUUAUUGACAAUAUUAUUAUUGCUCAGGAGGUUUUGCAUAAGUUUCAACGCUCUGUUGGUAAGAAAGGAUUCAUGGCCUGGAAAAUUGAUCUAUCCAAAGCUUAUGAUAGGCUUAAUUGGAACUUCAUUGAGUCAGUUUUAUAUGAAGCAUGCUUCCCUGAGAAUAUUGUCAAAUUGGUUAUGAGUUGUGUUUCUUCCACGAGCUUUCAGGUUUGCGUUAAUAGUGAGCUUUCUAAUACAUUCAAGGCUAGCAGAGGCAUUAGACAAGGAGAUCCCUUGUCUCCUUAUCUGUUUGUCCUUUGUAUGGAAAAAUUAUCGCAUCUGAUUACUUCUAAUGUGCAAGCUGGUCACUGGAAGCCUGUUAGGGCCUCUGGUUCUGGUCCUUUCAUUUCCCAUUUGUUCUUUGCAGAUGACCUUAUUCUCUUUGCCGAGGCUAGCUGUGCUCAAGCUAAAAUUCUUAAGAGAUGCUUGGAUCUAUUUUGUGCUCUAUCUGGGCAAGAGGUUAGUUAUUCUAAAUCUGUGCUGUUUUGCUCUCCCAAUGUUUCUAAGUCUCUAGCCAGAAAUAUUAGCAAAAUUUGUGGUUCUAAUCUCACUACUAAUCUUGGUAAAUACUUGGGGAUGCCUCUUAUUCAUUCUAAAGUUACCAAUCAGACUUAUGCUUCUAUUGUUGACAAAGUCCAAAGUAGACUUUCAGGAUGGAUAAGUAAACUGCUUAGCUUGGCUGGAAGGCUUACACUUAUCCAUUCAGUCACUUCUUCCAUGCCAGUUUAUGCGAUGCAAACUGUGAAGCUCCCUAUGUCUAUUUGUGAUAAGCUUGAUCGAAUAAACAGAAACUUUCUUUGGGGUGAUUGCAAUGGGGAAAAGAAAAUCCAUUUAGUUAAUUGGGAUCUUGGUGAUGAGGGCCUGUGGAGCAAGGUGCUACAUAAGAAGUACAUUAGUGAUGUUCCUCUUCUGCACCCUCAAUACUCUAGUCCCUCUGGUUGCUCUAGUACUUGGAGAAGUGUUGUGGCGGGCAUUCAGCUUCUGAAAAAAGGUUUGUUGUGGAGGAUUGGAACUGGUACUACUAUUAAUUUCUGGACUGAUGCUUGGUUGCCUAUUGGACCUUUAAUCAAUGUUGUUUCUGUUCCUCCCAGUGUUGAUCUUAAUUGGAAAGUUUGUGACUUUUGGGAAGAUAAUGGAUGGAAUUUAAGUUUGCUACGAUCUUACUUUGAUGAAGACAUUAUCAAAAUGAUUAUGCAUAUUCCUGUUGGUUUUGAAGGAAGUGGCCCUGACAUAAUUAUAUGGGGUGAGACUUCUAAUGGGUGUUUUUCUGUGAAAUCAGCUUACUUGGCCUUGAUUAAGGAAGAAAAUUAUGAUGCGUUUCCCUGGUACUUUAUUUGGAAACUCCCUAUUCCUCCUAAACUAAAGACAUUUAUGUGGCUGCUAUGUCAAGGCAGAAUUCUCACUAAUGUUGAAAGAGUUAAAAGAAGGUUAGCUUCUGAUCCUUCUUGCCCUAUUUGUCAUGAACAUCCGGAAACUCUUAUUCAUAUGCUUAGAGAUUGUCCCUCUGCUAAGAAUGUGUGGAAUGGUUUUAUGUGCCUAGAUACUAUAGCAAGGUCUAUGCAAUUAGAUUGGUAUGAUUGGUUGGCUGCUAACACUCACUGCAAUAGACCUUGCUUUGAUGGUCUAAAAUGGUGUGGUGUUUUUGUAUAUACAUGCUGGUACAUAUGGAAAUGGCGCAACAUGGCAGUUUUUAAUGGUAACUACUACCCUCUUUCAAUUUCUAGCAAAAUCAUUUUAGAUGCUGCUAAUAUUAAUUCUGUUGCCAGUCGUAGAACUUCUACUAUAUUUUUAUCUUGGUCUAAACCUCCUGACCACUACUUUAAACUUAAUGUUGAUGGAGCUAGGGGACUAAAUGGACUUAUUGGUGCAGGAGGGGUUUUGAGGGAUCACAGUGGUACUUGGAUUUCUGGCUUUUUUGCUAGUCUUGGUAAUGGAUCUGUUUUACAAGCUGAGGCUUGGGGGCUCUUACUUGGUCUACAAUUAGCUAGCAAAAAUCGCUGCCAACAUCUUAUUGUUGAAUGUGACUCUGAGGGACAGUUCUUGAGUUGUGACAUUCGAUAUGUUUAUCGGGAAAUAAACUUGGUUGCUGAUUUGUUGUCUAAAGAUGGUGUUGGUGCUGAUCUUGGAGUGCAUUUCAUGGAGCAACCUCCUCCGCAAGUUAUCAAUGCAUUGCUUGAUGAUUUGUGUGCAAGUCCUAGAUCUAGGACUGUAAUUUGUGAUCUUUAG